AUGUCACCCUGCAGGAUACAGAGGCUGCACAGACAUCGCUAUUCCCAGUUUUACAACUAUGUUGACGCUUGCCUGUCCAAAAGCCCUUCCCUGUUGAAGCCCUACACAGCUUGUAUCCGAAGUAGCCAGCUGGUGACCUUGCUGGAAAUGUGGGUUGUCCCUUUGUACUUCACAACGAAGCUCUGCUGGUGGCGGUUUCAGUCUACGUGGGGAAUGUUCUCCAUUCUUACUAGUGACAUCCUCUUCAGAGCUACCCGGAAAUCGUUUUCAGGGCAGACACUUCAAUUGGUCUACAAAAGCUUUCUUCUAAUCUAUAAGAUCAGCUAUACGUUUGGUGUAGUGGGUUAUUUGGCCAUUGUGUUUACAAUGUGUGGAUUCAAUCUAAUAUUCAAAAUCAAAUCUAGAGAUUCCCUGGUUUGGGGGAUUGGAACCUUGUUCCAUGGCCUUUACUAUGGAAUAAUAGAGUGAGACUUUGCUGAGAUCUGUUUAGACUACGCGGCAUCUACUAUGGGGUAAUUCUUCUGUGUCAGCAGGAUGCCCACCAGGAGUCUGUCAGGCAGUAUCUGUGCGACCUGUGGACAGAAGAUCUUUGUGGCACGACAAGAAGGGCUCACCGAAAACACCUACCAGUUCUUUCAUGAAUUCUGCAUCCAAGGCUGGUGUAUUGUCGGGAAGAAACAUCCUGACUGCAAAGAGAAGGUUGAUCUGAAGAGGAUGAUCAGCAACCCCUGGGAGUGCACACACAUGCUGUAUGCAAAGGUCUUGGAUUGACUUCGUUCCUUGGUGGCCUGGCAGCCAAUUGAAAUAGUUCAAGGCAUUAACUCUUUCUUGAAGCUGGAAUAG